GCUGUUUGUGAAAUCACACAGGCUCUGGCCAGUCCUCAGAGGAAGUCAUUCUUAAAGUCAAUCUAAAGAUGUUCCUUUUGAAACCAACAGAAACGCCUGAACAGUGGAGACACACAGGAGAGGAGAUAAAAUAUGUUGAGGGGAGCAUAGACUGCCUUUCAAACCCAAUUGUUGUCACACUGACCCCAAAUGCAUGACUCAACUGAUAUUCCCCUGAGAUGCUUUGAAAAGAGGAAGAGGUGGAUUUUGUGAAAAAACGGCAACAUCCAAAGUUUCCUGGAAACGAAAUCAUACUCAAUCAAAGAUGGCUGAAAUGGCUACAGUUGCACACGAUAACUCUACUGGCAGAGAGAACCAGUCCUUGGACUGCAUAUCCACUCAGGAUCUGGUGGCCGACAUACUGCCUCCUGUCCUGAUUAUAGAGCUCCUAUUGGGCCUGCCAGGCAACGUAGUGGCCCUGUGGAUAUUCACUUGCCGUCUGAAGAUCUGGAGGGUCAACACUCUGUUCCUCUUCAACCUGGUCCUGGCUGACUUCAUGCUGCUCAUCUGCCUGCCCUUCCGCAUUGACAACCUGCUCCGUGGGGAAAACUGGGUGUUUGGCAACGCCUGGUGCCGGAUCAACCUCUUCAUGCUGGCUGUCAACCGUUCGGCAAGCAUUGCCUUCAUGACUAGCGUGGCCUUCGACCGCUACUUCAAGGUGGUCCAUCCGCACCACCGCAUCAACCACAUGACGUCUACCCAGGCGGGAAUGGUGGCGGGGGGCAUCUGGGCGGUAGUGAUCUCCCUGCGGGUCCCCCUGCUGGCCACCAACCUCCUAAGGGAACAUGGCAACAUCUCCCUGUGCCGCAGCUUCAACUCCUACACCGUGAUUCCCCCGGCGAUCCUGCUGCACUACAUGGUGUUCAUCGGGGAGUUCUUCCUGCCUCUGCUGCUCAUGAUGUUCUGCUCAGCCAGGAUCGCCUGCAUCCUGCGCCAACGGCAGCUGGACAAAGAGAAGAAGGUGCGGCGGGCCAUCCGGGUGGUGGGGCUAAUUGUGGCUGUGUUUGUGCUGUGUUUCUUUCCUGGCAUCGCCACAGGCCUGGUUUCGCUCUAUAUCAUGAAGUUCAGACCUUGGGACUGUGAAUCCUACAAAAUGGCAGGCCAGCUUUUCAGCCUGUCCAUUGGCUUCACCUACCUUAACAGCGCCCUGGACCCAGUCAUCUACUGCUUAUCCAGCUCCAUGUUCCAGAACUCCCUCAAGAGCUCCAUCAAUAAGAUGGGCCUGGUGGAGUUGAGGCUGAGCCGACGGGGAAGCAUGGCCAGCGAUGGGUGAGGGAGGCAACUCUGGCCCUUUCCUCCAGAGACAGGCCCCACCUUCUAGAAGGUCCUAAUAAGGAGAACAGACUCAUGGCAGUGAAUUGAAUGGAGACUAGACAGUGGAAUUUUACAGCUGUAAUUAACAAGCCAUAUGUUAUAUUCAGAAACAUUUCGUAGCUAUGUGGGAUACGUAGUUGAAAUGGCUGAAUACCAGUUAGUGUGAAACAAAGAUAGGAAAAAGAAUGCAAUCAUUCCAUCUGAAUUUGACAUUUUCACAACCAUGUGAUGUUGUAGAAUGACAUUAUGUUUUUGUCUUGAUUUACUAAUGUCUGUCAAACACACCAUCAUUUUUACCAAAUACAGUAUUCAUACAGCAA